GAGGCUGAGUAGUCUAAUGGAUGAAUACAUGGAGGGGAAGCAAGCAGAUGAUCUGUGGAAAGCCUUUGGUACUGAAUUAAUCAGCGACAGACCUAAAAAGGAAACAGGUGGACAGAGGGUUGCCCCUCAUAUUAUCGGGGAACUGAAAAGAAUAUACAAGGACAAAGAAGAAGAGGCUCGAAGACAAGAAGCAUCUUGCAGAGCAAAAGCAGCCCGCAGAACCAACAAACUGGAAUUGGACGACUUCCUCACCAAGGGACAAUGCAUCUUUUCAACAAAUGGCAAAUACAAAGUUAUUUUUCAGAAUGAUGGGAAUUUCGUGGUGUAUGAAUACCGCGAAGGUGUGCCAAUAUGGGCUAGCGACACUUGGGGAAAAAGGAAUGCUGACAAGGUUAUCAUGCAAGGAGACUGCAAUCUGGUGAUGUACAACACCAAAGGGACUGCCCUGUGGAAAUCCAACACUCACAUGCCUAACUGCCAAGCCUGUUGCCUGACUAUGCAAGAUGAUGGCAACGUGGUCAUUUACAGAGACAAUAAAGAAAUCUGGUCUGGCAAGAAAAAAUAAUAUUCAAGCAUCUGUUUUGAACAGGUUUGCUGACACCGCUAAGAUGACCGCCAAAAAUGUGCUCUAUGGGCCUGCAGGGAGGAUAACGUCCAGCACAGCAAAGUGUGCUUGGCGUGUCAGCAAUACAAAAAUCACUUCUUAGUCCCUGCACCGCCCUCUCUCAACAAAUGUUUGAGUUGGAGCUGUAUGCUCGGGAAAGAGGAAAACCUUUUCAGUCAAACCUCCCACAGAUCAAGCUCUUUGCAUUUAACUCAGUAUGCAGAUAAUAUUGUAUCUGUCCAAGCUAGUACUUGCACCUCCCUUUCUCAACAGAUCUGUCUAAUAAAGUGAAUGUUAUCCAGCUUUAUAAGAACGGCCUCCAAGAUGUCAAAAUCAAAAGCCUAAAUUGAAAGUUUUUUUAAGAUAAAACUUUCUACUGUAAUCAGUUGUGUAGUUUCUUGCCUAUUUGCUGUAAAGACUACAAUAUAUGUGCAUGAAGUUACUCCAGUAUAACUGCACUGACAUUUUUGCCUUGGAUCUAUCACACCUUUAUGGGCAUUGAAAAAAAAGCAUUAAUCCUGCAUUGACUUGUAAGGCAGGAAUUUGUAGUAUUGCUUUACAUAACUAUUAAAGUAUUUAACAAUAUGCAAUCCUUUUAUAUUUUUACAAUAUGUACUAACAAUAUAUUAUUCAUGUAUGCAUUUUUAUAAUGCACUAGACAUAACAUGAACAAGCACAGAUAGAUAGUGAGUAACAGAGUAGAGCACCCUUUUAUUGUUUAAUAAGAAAAGGAAUCACUGUUUGUAAAAAAGCUAAGCCGCUUCUGCAUCUCGUGCACUUUGUCUGCUUUCUGAAUCAAUGCUGCCUGGAAGCAGGGUAUGCUGAUAACUCCAAGUGGAACGAGGAAAGAAAUAGAUGUUCAAGGCUAACAAGAAAGAGAGACGGAGGAGUGAAAUUCCUGUAAGCCAGGCUGAGUAAAAGUCAGGUGACCACAAAACUGAUAAGAGAAGAACAAGGAGGGGAAAUGGCAAAUUUCUAUGAGCGAAAUGUUAUUUUUGUAUCAGGACAGAUAUACAAGCUUUGUAACCUCUGCUGCGAUCAAAGAAUCUGGAGGAGACUCUCUCCAGCAUGCUGUUUGGCUUUGUUCUUGCAUAUUACAAUAAAGCAACUUCAGGUUUUGAAAUCAGA